GUCCUGGCCGAGCAAGCUGUCUUGGCAGAGCCGUGCGUCAGUGGGGAGGAAUUUGCCAUUGCGGCCCAACAGGACUGGAAGAAGGUCGGUGCCUUCAGCCGAGCCAAGCUUCUGUCGCUGCGCUGGCGCAGCGCAGUCAAGGAGGGCUCCGAGCUGCCGACAGCGCUGGGUCCGUUGCGUGGCUGGCCGGGGCGGGAGCCAUCUGAGCAGCUGGGGCAGGUGGCCACGGCUACUUCGAAAGCACCAGGGAUUCCGAGGCUCCGGGGCAUUGCUGCUUUCAACGGAAUGGCAGUGCUGAAGAUGGUUGUCAAGCCAUCGAUUUUAAAAACUAUCGAAGCGCAGCCCCGGCAUGGCUUGGCCAUCUACACGGAUGGCAGCUUACUGAACCACUCCUGCCUGCCAAACGUCAACAGGCUACCGUUCCCUUCGUGCCUAGUUGUUCGAGCAGCACGAGAUCUACUUCCUCAAGAUGAGUUGACCUGCGCCUACAUUGAGGUCCGGGCUCCUCACUUCGUGCGCCAGGCAGAGCUGGAAUCCACCUGGGGCUUCGAGUGCGGGUGUGGCCGCUGCCAGCUGGAGGCGAAGAUCUGGGCGGCCGAGCCCGAGGCCGAGAAGAGGGCUCGCUCACUGUGGCGGCGAUUUGAGCGGCGACGCAGAGAGGGCGCCUGCUCGGAGCAGGAGUUGCGGGAGAUGGUUGCAGAUGCUGCCGAAUGUACAGGGAAAGUCUUCCGGAGGUUUUUGCAAACUGGGGCCGAAGAAGAUUUUCAGGGAGAAGCUUUGGUCUAUCGGGCUGCCCUGGGCUGUGAAAACCUGGAGCAUCCGGAGCUGGACACUCACAGCGAAAGCGCCCGAGCCGCAUCGGCUUUGCUGAAUCUCCUUCUGGGCUCCUACUGGGUCGCGCCUGCGUGGGAGCUGGCUUUCGGUUUGCAGGAGGCUGCGCGGCACGCCGAGGCUUUGGAGUUGUGGCUGGCAGUUCGCCGGGUCAAUGCGGAGCUGCAGCCAUUGUCCCCUAGCCACGCAGCAGCGGCGGCAGAGGCAGCGCUGGCAGCCGUCGCAAGCGGCUCUGAGCGAUGGCGAGAACUGCUGGAGGAGGGCACCGCUCGAGGAGUUUGA